AUGUUAACGAUACGAGUCGCGAAGGUGUAUUUAGCGUUAAUAUCCACGGAAAAUGGAGUUACCAGUUACUUACUGUUUAUGUGGCCGUUCUUACGAUUUCGAACAAUUUAUGAUACAAUGUGACGUUUGUAAGGAGUGGUAUCAUGGAGGAUGUGUGUCUGUAAAAGAGUAUAUGUCCAUAGAUCUUGAUAAAUACCAUUGUCCACGUUGCGAAGCAAUGUGUGGACCAUCGCUUAUGAAAGUAAGAUUAAAUUGGCAUAGACAUGAUUAUUCUGAAUCCGAAGCUGAUACAAAACCUGUUCAAACUGGCACACCAGUAUUUAUAAGAGAGUUAAAAUCUAGACAUUUCCCAAAAGCCGAUGAAGUUGUUAAACAUGUUAGAGGACAACAAUUAACACUUCAACAAUUACAAGUUAAUGGAUUUGAAAGUCCAAUUAUAGUUGAUGGAAAGGAUGGACUUGACAUGACUGUUCCACCUCCAAAUUUCAGUGUCUAUGACGUAGAAAGUUACAUAGGUGGAGAUCGAGACAUGGAUGUAAUCGACGUUACGAGACAAAGUAAUAUCAGAAUGAAAUUAAGAGACUUUGUUGAAUAUUACAAUUCCCCUUGCAGGACAAGGGUUCUUAAUGUGAUUAGUCUUGAAUUUACAAACACUGGUCUUUCACCAAUGGUCGAAGCACCAUACAUCGCGCGUAAACUUGACUGGGUUAAUUCUGUUUGGCCGCGCGAUUGGCCCGAGGAUAGUGACAUAAAACGCCCUGAAGUGCAAAAAUAUUGCCUAAUGGGGGUCAAAGACAGUUUCACAGAUUUUCACAUUGAUUUUGGUGGCACAUCUGUAUGGUAUCAUGUGCUGCGCGGAGAGAAAGUGUUUUAUCUAAUCAGGCCUACUGCUGCAAAUUUACAACUGUAUCAACAGUGGAUGUGUAGUUCAACGCAAAGCGAAACUUUUUUUGGCGACCAAGCCGACGCAUGUUACAAAUGCGUUAUAAAACAAGGGCAAACUAUGAUGAUUCCAACAGGUUGGAUACACGCUGUAUUAACUCCAGUCGAUUCUUUGGUUUUUGGUGGAAACUUUGUACAUAGUCUUAACAUUCCAAUGCAAAUACAAAUAUAUGAAUUAGAAAAAAAAAUGAAAACACCCACCAAAUUUCAAUAUCCUGGUUUUGAGACAAUCAAUUGGUUUGCAGCAAAAAAAUUGUUGAAAGAAUUGAAAGAACUAAAUAACGAAGGAAAAAAAUGUCCAGCAUACCUUUUACAGGGUGUCAAAGCAUUACUCAGUAUUCUGAAACAAUGGAACACAGACAAAGAUUACAAUAUGAUCAGUAGGGGUCAAAUACCGGAAACCAUAAAUAGUCAAAAAUUGUUAAAAGAUUUCAGUAAGGAAAUCCGACACGCGGAACGGUACUUAAUAUCUUUAAAUCCUCCGAAACCAGAACGAGAGAGUAAACGCAAGAAAAAGAAACCGCUGAAUAAGGAUUUUGUAGAUUACGACGUUGCCGAUAGAAUGGCCAAUAACCCGUUUAAAGCAACGUUAAAGGAAACGAACAAAAUGGAUUCAACCACUUCGGAAUCACCGUCGUCAGGCAGGCCACCGUUAAAACUGACAUUACCAAAACCUAUUAUGUAUCCCUAUGUCAAAACUCAGAAUCCGACCUUGGAAGAAAAAAAUCCUUCUCAGAUUAGUAACAAACGAUCGUCGAAACCAGGAAAACAAAGUCCGACCGUAAUUAGAUUUAAAUUAGGCAAUAACGAGGUUGUAAGGAGUACACACGAUGACAUAAAUACAUAUAAUAACUUAACCACCGAUCACCCCCUUGGAGCAUCGAAAGAAUUAACUUGGAAACAAACUUCUAUAUACGAUUUUCACGACGGUAGCAAUGAAAGCGAUUACGGUCGGUUCACUAUCGAUGAAUCUCCAAAACGAAAGAGAGCACCCAGAACUAACAUGCAAAAGCGGUCGAAACGAGAUCACGAUGGAGAUGUUGACGUCUUGAACGAUGUACCAAAAAAUGGUAUCGAAGAAUUAUUGAAAGCCUCGGUUUAUACUUUGGGGAAUGGUGCUCAAAGAUUGGAUGUAACGACUUCAAUAAUACCACAAUACAGUCAACCUAUGCCACCACCCACUGGUAUUUAUAAGUUGAAAACAACCAGUUCUGGUAGGGCAUCUCCAUCAACUCGGGAAGCGAUCGCUGGGAUGUUAUCCUUCAGCGAGCAAUGUUACUCGACUACAUCGAACAGUACAUCGAAAUCAGCAAAAAUCACUAAAAUGCAGCCUGGUGAAGAUGAUGAUCAGUCGAUAGAAAACAUCGAUAAGGUUCAUCAGGAUGAUGACUUUAUUUACCCAGCUCUAGAUGCUUCAGACGAUGAAGAUUAUAUCUUUAAACCUAAAGCGAAAAGUCAAAUAGACGAGGCGUGGAAUCCAAAAGCCAGAGUGGGACCUCUCCUGCCAAAGACGAAUCGUCCAGCUCGAGAAGGUGCCAGGAAAACAUCCGUUGAAAAAGGGCUUGAAGCAGCUGCAGCGAAACGCGCGAAACAAUCGGACGAUUAUCUGGAUAACAACAUGGAUAAGGGCUCCAAGAAGAAAUUGAGCACAACUAAGCGGACAUACAAUAAAAAGAAGCAAAAGAACUCAUCCGUAUCUUCGGCAACUGGUACGUCGACCACAUCCUCGGAGAAUACAAUAAAAACAAGCAUAGGAUUCGGUUCGAUAUUAACUAGUCCUAAUAGGCUUAAAGAUGUCAAAGCGAAGCUAGCAGCUCCGGUUCCAGUUGAACGAAAACCAAAGAAAGGAAUGAAAACGGCUAAGCAACGCUUAGGGAAAAUUUUGAAACUUCAUAAAAUGAUGCACUAG